AGGGCACGGAGAGCGAGGCAGGGCGUGUGACCGUGUGGGGUAGUAGGAUUUCAUUAGCCGAAGGACAAGCCACAAGGUCGGUCGGCAAGGCGAGUGCCGACAUAGGUUCAGGCCCACUCUCCAGUGUCCGUUGUUUUCAUCAGUAGGCUGCGUAGGUACGACCGCCUUGGCCAGUCUAUAAAAGUCAAGUGACCGUCAACGUUGGCUUACCCUCCCGGCGGCCCGUUGAAGAAGAGCAGAGGAGAGUGUAGGAGAGCAGAGAGCUUGGAGUUGAGGCCUAGCUCGUGAAUUUAGAUUACAGUCUUACAUAGAACAUCUUGCGAGAAUGUCACGGUGCUCAACUCAUGUCGCUCUCCGGCUGCUUGCUCUGCUCUUCCUGCUUCCAGCUGUGUGGUCAGCAACGUUCACGAUGACCAAUAACUGCGGCUACACGGUGUGGCCUGGGCUGCUGUCCGGUGCCGGCACGGCGCCGCUGUCGACGACGGGGUUCGCGCUUGCACACGGCGCGUCGGCGACGGUGGACGCGCCGGCGAGCUGGUCGGGGCGCAUGUGGGCGCGCACGCUCUGCGCCGAGGACGCGACCGGCAAGUUGACCUGCGCCACGGGGGACUGUGGCUCGGGAGGGAUCCAGUGCAACGGCGGUGGCGCCGCGCCGCCGGCUACGCUGGUCGAGUUCACGCUAGACGGCUCCGGCGGCAUGGACUUCUUCGAUGUGAGCCUCGUCGACGGCUAUAACCUGCCAAUGCUCGUCGUGCCGCAGGGCGGGGGCGGCGCCGCGUCGAACGGGAGCGGCGGCGGCGGUGGCAAGUGCAUGGCCACGGGCUGCCUCGUCGACCUCAACGGCGCGUGCCCGGCCGACCUGAGGGUCAUGGCGGCGAGCACCGGCGCCGCCGCUUCCGGCGGUGCCGCCGUCGCUUGCCGCAGCGCGUGCGAGGCAUUCGGGUCGCCGCAGUACUGCUGCAGCGGCGCGUACGGGAACCCGAACACCUGCCGCCCUUCCACCUACUCCCAGUUCUUCAAGAACGCUUGCCCCCGCGCCUACAGCUACGCGUACGACGAUUCCACCUCCACCUUCACCUGCGCCACCGGCACCAACUACGCCAUCACCUUCUGCCCAAGCACCACCAGCGGGAAGGUAUCCGGCGUCGAGAACCCGCAGGCCGCCGCGGCCGGCGUGCCGUCGACGGACGGAACGAUGGUCGUCCUCGGCGCCGAGCAGCUCUCCACCACCUCCUCCGCGGUCCUUGCUGCGCCGCAGCUGAUGAUGCUACUACUGCCGCUCGUCGCCGCCGUGCUGUAGGCCGGCGGCCGGUGGACGCGUACAAUGGUGGCAAUCACCCAACAUGACUUCUCCCCGCCGCCGUACGUACCGAUGGGCCCACCAGCUUAUCCUGCUCGCCGGAGGUGUCCUCAUCCGGCCCGUCUCUUGUGGCGUGACGGAGGCAGAGAUAAGAUUCCGUGUGAGGAGCCCGGAAGGUGACAGUGCUACGAUCAGUUACCGAAUCGAGGAAGGAGAAAACAAGAAUUGUAUCCACGCAGAUCGCAGCUUUCUCGAUUAGUUCAUAUCACAGGCAUUAGAGAUUAGAGUGGUAAUUAGUGCUAUACCGCUGGUUUAGUCUCCUCUUUUCCUACGUUUCCUUGAUUUGUUGAGCGGAAAAGAAUGCCAUUGAGUACUUUUACUGUUGUUCGUCGUGAUGCGAAUUACGGCGGCGACGACUUUGGUGAUGGUUAGCGCGGAAAAGAGAGGGCACGGGCGAUAUGCCGAUAUCAUUCGUUAUUUCUCUUUUAAGGCUCCGUUUAGUUCCCAAA